GAAGAGGAGGAGGAAAAUCUCACGAGAUAAUGAAAGAAAAAGAGGAGAGCUGCUAGGUAGAGAAGAGCAAGGCUACAUAUGGACGUUUGACUUUAAAAAAGACCAAAAGGACAGGGAAAGGACGUAUACCUAACCGCCAAUUGUUUGGCCUCUGUUUUAUUGUAUGUAGCAUCCCUCGGUGCAUCUGACCAAUUGUGUGAAUCUGCGCGGACAGGCUGGAAGACAAGAGACAAGCGACACAAUCGGAGAGAUGCAGAGGACCGACAACAGACGCGGAUGCGCUCAUAUAACAGAAUAAGGCAAAAGAGCGACGAUUCUGCGGUGGAACACAGUUGAAGCCCAAAGAAAGGAUAAGAAGAGUGUUGUAGCACAAAUCCAAAUAAUGUGAUAGUUAAUCUUACUGAAGCUGCUUCACACUUGAUUUCCUGGAGUUUGAAGGAGUUUAAAGAGAUUACUUAAGUUGUUAUCAGAUAAUUAAUUGGACAGUAUAGAAGCACAUAAAUCAAUCCAUUCAGAAAUCAAUAAAUCCAUAGUAUUGUGCAACAGGAGAAGGGCCAUCCAGACUGUUAGUCUACUGUUAAACAACAACUAGGCUACUGAAACAACACCAUAAAGAUAGAAAAAAAGGGAAAUUCACUAAAUUCAAAAUGGAUGGAAGUCUAGGGGAGAUGUCUGUCCAAAUCCACUCUGAGCUCCAUAGUCAGGAUGGCAGAGCGAUGCUGCAUUCACGGGACCUUUCAGCUGCUUUCCCCAGGCCCUCCCUUGGGGGGCACUCCAUGUCCCUGGAGCCUGAGCACCGACCUCCAGGUUUCGACCACUCCAUGUCAGCACUGGGCUAUGGAGGAGAUGCUCCAUCUAGCUGUGGCAGCACGUACACCACACUAACCCCCCUGCAGCCUUUCGAUGACAAAUUUCACCACCACCAUCACCACCACCAUCCCUGCCUGCCGGUCAGCAAUGUCAUCGGGAGCUUUACUCUCAUGCGCGAGGACAGAGGCCUGGGUGGCAACUUCUACAACCCUUACGGCAAAGAUCUGGGGAUGACACAGAGCCUUUCACCACCUUCUACAGGCUCUGGCUUGGGGACACCCAUGCAUGGUUACGGGACACUGGGAAACAGCCCCAACGGCAAUGGUGGCCAGAUGCUUCCAAGUGGUUACGAGGUCCACGGGGGCAACAUCUUCUGCAGGACGGCAGACUUCGGCAGGGAGAUGUCCCCUCCAGGGCUGGGCGGCGACUCGUCGGUCAGCCAUCAGCUGAACAAGAUGGAGGCUCACCAACACGCGCCCAGCCACCAUCCUCACAUCUACAGUCAGCACUACCAACACCACCACCCCAGCCAACAGUCCUCAAAGGCCGGGGAGCUCCCCCACUCCUCGUCCUCUUUGCCCAGCAGUGAGGGCAUGCUGCCCAGCUCCCAGGGUGGUGGAGGUGGAGGGGCUGGAGAGGAGAUCGACACCAGGGACGUGGCCCAGAGGAUCAUCACUGAGCUGAAGAGGUACAGCAUUCCCCAGGCCAUCUUUGCAGAGAGGGUGCUGUGUAGGUCACAGGGCACUCUGUCUGACCUCCUGAGAAACCCCAAGCCCUGGGGCAAGCUCAAGUCUGGCCGCGAGACCUUCAAGAGGAUGUCCCGCUGGCUGCAGGAGCCCGAGUUUCAAAGGAUGGCCUCACUGCGGCUGGAGGCUUGCAAGCGGAAGGAGGAGGAGCAGAGUAAACUGGAGCGCAACCAGGGUCCCAAGCGCACCAGACUGGUGUUCACGGACCUCCAGAGGCGUACCCUAUUGGCCAUCUUCCGGGAGAACCACCGGCCAGCCAAGGACCUCCAGGUCACCAUCUCCCAGCAGCUGGGCCUGGAGCUCUCCACUGUCAGCAACUUCUUCAUGAACGCCAGGCGCCGCAAUGUCAACAAGUGGGCGGAAGAGGGCCGCCCCUCCUCCACAGGCUCCUCGGGCUCCAGCGUGUCCUCCUCCGCCGUGUCCUGCAGCACGGCCUGAUGGGAUAGAGGUGGGCUGGGUGGGCGUCGUGGCAGCAGAGGGCACAUAGGCUGGUCUAGGUAGAGAUCAGGCGUAAUAAUGUACUCCUCAUUAUCAGAGGGAGUGAUGGAGUUGGCGUAGUUUAGUUUUUUAUGAAGAAUUAUCACAGAGCAUUUCAGACCAAAGUUGAUCUCUCCUUGAUAUUGAAGUGGUGAUACCCAGAAUAAUAUGAGCACUUGUAUGAGACAAGUUCCUAUAAUUUGAAUGGUCGUGGGUGAAUAGUUUAUUUGAAUUUUAAGAGGGUAACAGUGAGCAUCCUUGAUUUCUAUAAUUUUAUCACAUUCAAUUUGAAUAUGGUAGGUUGUGAAAUCAAAUCCAAUUUCAUUUGCCACAUGCUUUGUUAAC